ACCGAGCACACUGCGUUUGGCGACGCAGCGCGUCGGCAUUUGAAUUAAACGACGCGCCGAAAAGAAAAGUUGUUGCAUUUGUUCGUAUUUAGUUAGCCAUGUUUUCGUUCUGUCAAAAUUUUUCGGAAGUGUCAAAGUUUCGUAGUGGACCAGUGCGCUAGACUUGUUCAGUAAUUCUCUAUUCCUCGUACGGAGCAGGUGUGUCGACAGCCUACAGCUUGGAAAAUAAAAAAUAUAUAUAUUUUUGUGAGAAGUUUGUACAUAAAAUAUUUUUUUUUGGUCGCGUUUUCGGUCGAGUCCCGUUUUUCGUUUCAAUACAAUAUUGUGUCUAACGGGAAAAGUCCCGUUGCUGGUUGCCCACAAUCAUACACUUUUUAAUACACUUACACAUACGCGCGCACGCAUACGCAUACGCACACAUACGCAUACGCACACAUACGCAAACACACACAUACGCAUACGCACACAUACGCAAACACACACAUUCGCAAUGGACAUGCGCAGCUGGCGUAAGGUCCUACUCCAGUGGAUUGGCGAGUGCCAGUUUAUCGAGCCAAACUACAUUAGUUUGGAGCAGUCGGACAUAGAGUCCUUCUACGCGGUCUACAUUCAAAAGAUCCAGGAGACGGAAACGUUGACGGAGGAGGGGAAGACGGCGCUGCAGGCUCAGCCCAAUGAAUACCGCCCCUUGUUGCAGGAAUUCCUCUCACAAAACUAUACCGAGUUCAGUGCCCAAAUAGAUGACCGCGGAGACCUGCUGUCUUCGGAUUACCUGUACGUGUACACGCUGUUGUUGCAGUACUCGUGCGUGAAGAAGCCAAGCGUGUUCUUUCACAGCAUCUGCAACAAGCUGCCGGAGCUGACGCAGACUUGCAUCGCAUCCUUCCUUGGAGAGACAGUAGAUAAGCUAUUGACGCGACAAUAUCUACGUCAGACGAUCGCCAAUGUGGCAGCUAUUUACCGACAGGAGGCUUCCGUCUCAGUCAGCCCAAGUCAACGCAGCAACAUCCAGAGUCCCGAUCCGAGGGUCGAUGAUGCGGCAUGCUCAUCCUCGCCCUCAUCGACAUCGUCACAGCCGUCGAGCAGCACGCCACAGUUGCAAAAAUAUCGCGAACGGCUUCUCCUACAUAUUUCUGCCUCCGAAAUGCCACCUCCGCCGACCCCGAAAACGGAGCUACUGGAGCAACGAACCAAGGAGCUGCGCGGUCUUCGUUCCCAACUGGAGAUGGUGCGCUACGAGAAGACCGUGCUGGAGGAGCAGCAAUUGGAGAAAGACGAUCUCAUCAAAGUUCUUAACAGAGAGAAAAUGAUGGCCAAGAUUGAACUGGAAAAACUGAAGAAUGCAAAACUGGCCGAAGAGCAGCAUGAUGACGAGAACUACGUCAUGCCAUAUGAGUAUGAACAUAUGAAGGGCACUCUCUUAAAGGAAAUCGGUCAAAAGGAGGAUGUCAUCGCCGAGAUUAGCGAUAAGCUGCAUGAUUUGCGCGCCGAAAAGUCCGGGCUGUCCGAGAGGCUAAAUGCGACGGGAGAAAGAUUGUUGCAGUAUGCGGACCGCAUCCGAGUGCUAGAAGGCCGUAUAGAAGACCUGACCCGUUUGCUAUCGUCCAGGGACGAUAGGAUCUCGUCCCUGGAGCUCGAUAAACAGGAAUUGGAUCAGUGUCUUCAGGAAGCACGCGAAGAGUUGCACAACCGACGUGAGGUCUUAAACUCCUCCUCCGAUUUGCUUAACUGUUCUAUGUCUCCGAACACCACGCCCGAGAAUCUGGCCAGUUCUGUGAUUGACAAGCAGUUACGCGAGAAGGAGCACGAGAAUGCCGAGCUGAAGGAGGAGCUGCAGAAGCGAAACAAUUCCCAGCUGGAGCUCUGCCAGGCCCUGUCAAGUUUCCUGCAGAAGCACAACAUCGCUCACGAGUUUCCGGUAGAAUGGACGUCGUCGUCCCUAUUGUCCAGCAUUUCUGCGAUCGAGAGUAACUUUGUCGAAACGGUGAACAAGAGUGCGCAAAUUAUGUUGGACUUCGAAAUUCAGGCUGCGCACGUCAAAAAACUACUAGGAAAAUGCCAGUUGUUAUCUGGGUCCGUGGAGUGCCAGCAAAAGGAGCUAGAGGAGGCCAAGGCCACAAUAGCGGAGCUAAUGGACUCGGCUUUGGAAUCGAGCCGUGAAUAUAGCAUUAUGCUGAGGUCUUAUGAUAUAAAAGUAGCCGAUAUAACAUCGAAAAGCAACGAACUGCAGUUGGACAACGAAAGACUUAAUGAAAAAUGCACUGAGCUUAUUUCGAUGGUUGCCAUCGGGGAUGAACAUCUGGCCGAUAUCAAUGUGAAACUAAGUGAGAAAGAACAGCAGAUGAAAGUUGUGGGCGCUGAAAUCCGUGAUCUGCGUGCAAGGAAUUUAUUACUUAAAAAUACGCUCAGCGAAAUCGCAGAUAAAGCAUCUAGUGAGGCAAUGCAUACGCAGAAUUUGCAGCACAGCUAUCGGUUUGUGAGAUCAAAGUAUGAAGAGUGCCGAAGAGAACUAAUUGCCAGGAACUCUUUCCAAGAUGAGUUGGCCAGGAUGUUGAAUGUGCCAGACUGGGAGACCAUGAAUAGUCGCAUAAGCCAGUUGAUCGAGAUGCAGGCGGAACAUAAUGAACUUCACUUAGCCCAUGCACGGAAGGAGAAGCAAUUGGAUGAGCUCAGUGCUCAACACGACAAGCUGAUGCUGACCCAAGUGAAGCUUGAGAAAACGUGUAUAGAAAAGGAGUUCGAAAUAGAAGAGAAUAUUUUACAGCUACAGGAAUUUGAAGAGCAUAACAAGAAUCUUGAUCGUUUUCUUAUCCGCAUCAUUACUCUCUUAGGAGGUAGCAUCGACCGGAAAUCAUCGACCUCUCUGGAAUCUGUGAAAAUUGAACAGCGAUUUGCCGAUAUUGAAGCGUUAAUUGAGAAGCAAUUGCAAUCUGCUGAUGCUCUUAAGGAGGACUUCAAUGAUCUUCAAGCGAAAAACGAAGAACUCGUUUUGAAUACUAUCCAAGGAUUAAAAAACCGCGAGAGAAUCGUCGCUUCUUUAGAGAUGAAGUCCGAAAAACUGAGGGACACCCUAACAGCGCUAGAAAAAGAACUCAGCAGCAGCAACGAAAAGAUAGCCCAGCUGCAAAAUGCACUAAGCGAGGAGCAUCGCAAUUCGGAAGCAGUGUCACAGAGGUUAGACCAAGCGCAGCAGGAAAUCGAAGGCUACCAUGUGGAAGCCCUUAGGUUUCUGACCACCAUUAGCGAUCGCCUUCAACAAGAUUUCGAUGGCGCUAACACUCCCCAACAGCUGGGUAUUCGUAUGACCCAGUUUUUGGAAAUGUAUGACCAGAUGGAGGUGCGGUACCUGGAGUCCUCGUCGAUGGUAGAUCAGCUGACACAAUCUAGGGCACAACUGGAGCAGCAAGUGGCUGAGCUACUGGAAGAUGUGGCUAGUAAGCAGGUUGCUAUCCAGGAGUCAUCGUCGUUGGUAGAACAGCUUACCCAAUCUAAGGCGCAACUGGAGCAGCAAGUGGCAGAGCUACAGAAAGAGGUUGCUACUCAGCAGGCUAAUAACCAGCAGUCAGGACCCAUGAUCAAACAGCUGAACGACACCAUCCAAAACCUCGAGAGUGUUAACGCAAAGCUAAGCGAGGACAACCAUGUAUCGCAUACUGCUCGUUUGGAUAUGAGUGAUUCUCUGUUGAAAGCGCAAAAUGAGCUUAAACGUCGCAUAAGCAGAGUCGUCCAUCUGGAGUCCUCGGAAAGACGCAUAAACAACGAGUUGUCCGACUGUAAAGAAGAGAUGCAUAAACUGAAAAAGGAACUCGAGUUUUCUGAAGAGAGAUUUGACAUGAUGAAGCUCUUGUAUGAAAAACAGUUUGAUGCUCUUGAAGUUAUUUGUGACAAAGAGACCGAGGAAAAAGAAGAUUUGCAAAUAAAUCUCACGGCAACUGAAGAGAUGUAUUUGAAAUCGGAAGAAAAGCUCAAAAAAAUUGUAAAGACUUAUGAAGAUGAGCACGACAGGCUUUGCCAAGAACACGAUAAGCGCUGCAGAGAUGUUACAAAGCGUUGCAAAGAACUGGAAGAGCAAUUGGCUGAGAAGGAACGCUAUUCGACCCAACUGGCAGAAGCGCAAGUCAAAGACAAGGAGGAACUGCUAUGUCUGAAGGCAAAGCUAGAGGAAGACCAAAACCUUGUAGCUAGCCUGAAAGUGAACCUGGAAAAGAAGCAGGGAGACGUAGAUGGUUUAAAGACGGCCCUUGAUGCACAAACGAAAAUUUCAGAUAAUUGGCGGAGUCAAACGGAUGCUGCACAGCGAGAUGUCUUCCUGGCUAAGGAGCGCUUAAAGAAGUCAGAGCGUGAGUUCGAAGUGAGUCUGGCCACCCUUGAAGACCAGAUCGAAACAUUGGAGGACCGCCACACCCAGACGGAAGCUGAGCGCGCAACUGCCUACGAGCGGAUCAAUAUGUUGGAGGCGCGUUGUCAAGAGAAGGAUGUAACAAUCCGUACACUGCAAGGGGAAAUCGAAAGGGUCGAGCACUUGCAGCAUCAGCUACAAUCGGAGAUGGGUAGCCACAACUCGUUGGUGGAACAACUUAACCGACAGUUGGCAGGAAAAGCUAGUGAGCUUUUGGAUGUGCAGAAUCGCCUGGAAACUGCAAUCGCCGAGCGCAACCAGCCCAAUGAACAACUAGCACACAUCUCCGAACUGCAGCAUCGUUUGGAAGCGGAGACCGCCGAUCGUAUACAGGCCCAGAAAAAGCUGACUGAGCUCACCGACCGGUUAAACGAAGUGGUCCAGGAGUUGGAGAGCACUCGGCUCGAGCAUGGCGCCCAGAAACUCAGGAUGGAGGAGAGGGCUCGUGAAGCUGACCAAAACAAUGGCGAGUUGACGGAAAGUCUCGAAUUCUAUAAGCAGCGCCUGGAUACGCUUGAACGUCUACUUGCCGCCUGCAACGAAGAGUUGGCCGAUCUAAAUUCCGGCCGGGCUAAACUGACGGAGGCUACGCCAGAUCUUGGCGCCACAUAUAGCACGGCUGAUGAACGCCAAAGCGAGUCGGAUCAGGAGGCGCGGAGCAACAAGCUGGUGCUAGACUGCCAGAUACUGCAGGCCAAGUAUCGCGAUGCCAAGGAUGAGAUACAGCGCUGCGAGCAGAAGAUAAAGGACCAGCGUCUGGAGAUGGAGGGCAAGCUGGACAAGAUGAAAAACAAGAUGCGCUCCUUAUAUACGGCCGAGGUGACGCGCAUGAAGGAGAAGCAGGAACGGGAUGCGUCCAAGAGCGCAGCGGAGAUGGAGGCACUCACCGCUCAGAAUGCCAAAUACGAAGAGCAUACACGCAAGCUGUCCAACCAGAUUGUGCGUUUGAACGAGAAGAUCCUGGAGCAGCAGAAGCAGCACGCGAUCAUUAGCACCAAGUUGCGCCACCUGCAAAUGCAACCCAUUAGCGAAACGAAACCAUCCAGCACAACGCUCACCGUUUCGUCCAGUUCGUCGUCGGCGGCGGCGAACGAUGACUGGCAGCCCUUCAAGCGGCCCAAUGUACCGUCCUCCAAUUUGGCUAUGGAAGAUGAAGAGGGUGAGGUCUUUAACAACACUUAUCUCACGGAUCUGAAAUUGGGCCGUGUUCCGGCAGACAUGACAGCCGAGGAGCUGAUUUAUCGGAAUUCGUUGCAACCGCCGCAUCUGAAGAGUACUUAUGCUGCGCAGUACGAUUUGUGCAGCCAGGACGAAGAUCUCAAAGACGGACCCCAUAGUCUGGAUGACAGCAUGAGUGCUCUGCUAAGCUCUUCGAGCACCGGAGCACGCAAGAAAUCCAUGGGCACCCACUAUAAACGACCAGGACCGCCCACACCGAGCAAGAACGGCGGCCGUUUGUCGUUCGGCAGCUCGGAGCCGCCACGCGAGAUCCUGCGUGAAUUCGGCGAUCAUAACAAUACCUCCAAGACGCCGGCGCGCUUCAAGUUCCUGACGCAGCGUUUCAGCGUUGGCAGCAGCGGUUUGCCCCGGGACGAGCUGCCGCGGCGCAAGCGGCCGAAUCUUCUGACCGGAAUACACCGCCGUAAGCUGCGCCAGGCGGUGGACUUCUUUUGUACAUCAACGCCACGUAAGAGCCGCUCCUACUACGAUCAGCAGCGUCUGAUUCGCGCCAGCGAUGCGGACAAAUCAGAGGCUGAUGUAACCGAAGAGGAGGCGAUCAAAGUGGCUGCAGAAGGUGUACCCGAGUUAGAACCUCUUGAAGAUGCCGAUCAACAGGGCACUCCGCACCUGUCCACUGCUGCAUUGCUGGCCCUGACCAAAGGCAACACCCGCCGUCUAACUGGCACAACAAAACCGAAAAAGGGACGCGUAUCACUGUCCCUUCAUGGCAACAUUUUUGCCAAGAGCCGGCCAGCUGCGUUCGUGGCCGGGAAAAGGGUGCAGCUGCGCCGGAAGUUGCGUCGUGAGCGGAUGGGCCGCUUCGAUGAGGCCCGUCACUUGGACGAGGUGCGCCUAUCGUACUCUGCCCAGACGCCCAAGUCGGCCGAGAAUAACAAUUACAGUCUGCACAAUCGCAAUGAGGAGCAUCUGCCCAGCCAGAUUCUGAUGGGCCAGACGAUGGUGCUGGAGGGCAAGAGGCGAAUGAGUCCGGUCGUGUCCACCACAUUCAACGUGGAGGAGCAGAGCAACACUUCGCAGCUGCAGCAACAAUUUGAGCACGAAAACUGUGCCACCUGGGCGGUGCUAGAUGGCGAGAGUGUGAUGGAGGAGACGCAGGACGAUUGGCAUUUUGAGCAGCUGUGCAAGGAGACGGAAUCCACGGCACCCUUUCAACUGCAGCCGCUGGACUACAAGCCCAUUGAGGAGCCAGUUGAACCGAAAUUCCCCCAACUGGUUGCCUCUUGCAGCAACAUCACCGCGAAUAGCUGCGCCACCAACAUGACCAGCGCCUCAUCUUGUACGCUCUAUUCGAUGGGCAGUGUGCACAUGCAGCCGCUGCCCUCGGUCAAUAUCACCUAUGUCCAGUCGCGACCGGACACGCAACUGCGCAAGCCAACGCGCCACCGCUCGCUGAUGACUCAUUGCCGGCAGUUCCUGCGCCAUUUGAGCCUCGGCGAGCGAUUGAUCGUGGGCUUCGCAUUGCUGGUCAUGGUGGGGCUGUCCUCGCAACUGGGGGACAAACUGGUGCUGGCGAUCACUGGCGUCUUGGCGGGAAUGGGGCUCGUCUUCCUCACCUAUUCGUGCAACGGCCUUAAUGAGAAGCGCAAACCAAAGCACUGGGAAUCGCACAAAUCUCAAUGAUCUAUGAUGUACGCGUUCGUUCGUGUGUAACUCUAUGUAACCAUGUCCACUUGUUCCUUUACAGAACUCGCCGCCCAAGAGACGUCUCAGCAACAUGUUCAAGCGCAAGUAGGCGUGGUCGCAGUCGCAGCAUUAUAUAUAUAUACACCCCUUUCCUGUACAUCAUUCAGAACUCGAAUUCUUUACUUAUUAUUUAUGUUGACCUCUUUUUUUUUGUACAUCUGUAGAUUAAAUCUGGACGUAGAGAGUAAGAUACGAACUUAUGAAAACAAAUGAAAUUAUAUGUAAAAUAUGUAAUUCA